AUGGCUGACCAUGCCUGGUGGAAACUUAGCUUCUUGAGGAAGAAGCCAUCUGAGGCCAAAGUCCUUUAUGAAAUUCCAGCUGAGUAUGGAAGCAACACUGGCAAUAAAGAGCUGCCCAGCCAUCCUCAAAUCACAGAUAACGCUGGCAGUCAGCUAAAUACCAAGCUGGAAAAGAUUGUGGACAGAUCCGCCACCAAAAGCCGUCAUGUCAAAGUGUCUCACUCUGGACGUUUCAAAGAGAAAAAGAGGGUUCGAUCUACUUUGGCUGAAAAUUCUAAUAUUUUUAGUGAACACAGCAGGACUGAUGAGAACUUUGCAGUAGAGAAAUAG